GGUCUGUUAUUCCAAUUUGCAAGCCUGAGUUGAGGCCUUAUGAAGGUCAAAAAUUUUAUUCUCUUGAGGAAGGAAUUUCAUUUUAUGAAAAGUAUGCUCAGGAGUGUUGUUUUGAUUGUCGAAGAUUUGGGAAUAGGUCUAGUGGUGGUGUUAUUAUUUUUCAGUAUAUUGUUUGCAAUAGACAAGGAUUUCAUACAGUAGAUUCAUUGGAUGUUGAUGUUAAUGUAUCUGAGGAUGGUAAUGUGUCUGAUGAUGAUGAAGUAUCUUCAAAGAAGAGACGUAGACGUGGCACGAAAAGGUGUGGAUGUGGAGCGAGAAUUAGUUUUAAGUUUUUUUCUGAUUUUGGUGAUAAGUAUUACCUUGUGCAUCAGUUUGUUGAGGAACACAAUCAUACUAUGGUUGACAAAGAUCAUAAGAGAUUUAUGAAAGGUAAUCGGAGUUUGAAUGAUGUUCAUCACAAGUUUGUUGAAGAUUGCACCAAAGCUAACAUCGGUCCUACCUCUACUUUUAACUUAUUAAAAGAGUUUUUCGGUGGUUAUGAUGUUGUUGGGUGUACAUUGACUGAUGUUAGGAAUUGUUCACGUGAUAUUAAAGAGAAAUUAAAAGAAGUGGAUGUGCAAAUGAUCCUAAAUCAGAUGCAAGAGAAGAAGAGAAUUUGUGAAGGCUUUUUCUACAAAUAUCAAUUAUCACCUGAAGAUAAUAAGUUAGUGAGCUUAUUCUGGUCUGAUGCUGAGUCUCGGAAGCAUUACCACAUGUUUGGAGAUGUUGUAGCAUUUGAUACAACAUAUUCAACAAACAGGUAUCGUAUGGUGUUUGGUCCAUUUACCGGGAAAGACAAUCAUGGGUGUCCUAUUGCGUUUGGAGCUGGUUUCGUAUCCGGUGAGAAUUGUGAUGCAUUUUCAUGGCUUUUCACUGUAUUUGUUGAAUGCAUGGGUGUUGCUCCAAGAAUCAUAAUCACUGACCAAGAUUGGGGAAUGAGGCUUGCCAUUGAGAAGGUAUUACCUGGUACAAGGCAUCGUUUGUGUAUGUGGCAUAUUAUGAGCAAGUUAUUUGAGAAGAUACCUAAAUCAAUUUCUGAUAGAGAAAAGUUUAGUAAGGAGUUUAAGUCUUGUGUUUGGUCAGAGUUGUUAGAUCCGGAUGAGUUUGAUAUAUUAUGGACUAGUAUUGUUGAAAAAUAUAGUGUAGAAGAUCAUAAGUGGUUUAAGGAUAUGUUUUUGAUCAGACAGAUGUGGAUCCCAGCCUUCUUUAGAGAUGUUCCUAUGGGUUCUUUAAUGAGAACAACAUCUUUUUCAGAAUCUGAAAACAGUUUUUUUAAGAGGUACUCGAAACCGUUGUUCAAUUUUGCUGACUUCACUCUUCAGUAUAACAAUGCCAUUGAUGCUCAAAGGAAUCAAACUGAAAGGCUUGACUAUUAUGAUUCUGUAAUCACUCCAAAAUAUGUCACUGAUUUAGCAUUUGAGAAGCAAUUGAGACUUCUGUUUACACAGAUAGGAUGUUUAGAGUGGUACAAGAUUUGA